GACAAACCGCUCGUGCUAUUAAUUCCACAGGUUGUUGAAAAAUAUAGCCUAGGAUACCAUACAGAGUCAUGGCGUGUAGGGUGUGUGAGUUUAGGGAAGACCAACGCUGUUGUCAGCAUGUUAACCGGGAUUUGCCUCCCGAACCUCAUUACACGACCACCAACAGCAUUUUUCGCCCUCCUACUCACUCAAACGUAAUCAAUCAGGCUUCUGUUAGCAAUAUUUCCCAUUAUUCUCAAUCAGUGGGGUCGAAACCUAUUGGAAGCGAAUCCACAAAUCAACAUCAAGAUCCAGACAUCCCUCAUUUCAGUAGUUACGCACCACCAACUCAUUUGUUCUGCAAUUCAACUAGACAAAUCUACCAUCCCCCUUCUCUCUUUUACGAUCCAAGAGCUUUCACCAACAAUGAGCAUUCACAUGGAUCAAAUUCUGGGUGGGCGAAACAAAGCCAUUUAGACGAUGAAGCAAUUCAAUCAAGCAUUGCGAAGCCAGGGCAGUCAACUGAGCCAGAAGUAGAGUGGCCAGGCUUGGGGAAUCCAGACGUGCAACGCUCUUUCAAUAUUGCAUACCCCUCGACCAAUUUCACUUCGAUAAACCCCCUGCAAGCAUAUUCGCCUAGUAGGUGUGACGUAUCGGGAUAUGCAAACAAUUGGGAACGAGAUCCAAGACAGCAGAACAACCUUGUGGCCUCAGUAAAUGAAGGAAUACAAGUCACUAUUAAGGAUAAUAGCCGAAUAGCCCAGGCAGGGAUUGUUUUGAAAGACCCUGAGUCUUCUACUAUAUCGGAAGCUCAUUAUCCUUACGUCAAUAUAGCCCAACCACAAUAUCCGACCUUCUAUCCGUACAAUCAUUCUCAAAUCCAGGAAUCUUUUACCGUAGUCGCCACAAAUCAAGAGCCAGCAGCUUGGGAUAACCAAAACCAACACUCACCAUCAGAUGGUGCAAGCGAUUCAUAUCAGCUUCCUUGCAAAUGCCCACAUAAAAAAUGCGGUCACAAUAGCAAGAAGAUUUUUAAAGAGUAUUCCGAGUGGGAAGCCCACUGGUAUAGAGCACAUGAGAAGCGCUUCUCAUGUCAGAUUUGCAGUGCAGUAUUCGGAACGAAUGCGGAAGUCAAGCGUCACUCGACGGCUAUACAUGAAGAUGGUCCUAAGGAAUUCAGUUGCCAGGUCUCAGAUUGUGCUGGUCGUGCAAAAGAGUUCAACAGAAAGCAUCGCUUGAAGGAACAUAAGGAGAAAUGGCACGGACAUUACUACUGUCCUGCGAUGAAUUGUCCUCGGGGUCCUGGACACGGCUUUAAGGAUCAGAAACUACUAGAUGAACACCGAAUCAAAUCUCAUAGCCAUGAGUAAUUUAGGUGAAUAUGUCGUCAGAAGUUUUAGGAGGCAGUGAAAUUUAAGAAAUGACCUUCCAUUGUGGAAUGUGAUCAAUGAUGCCAAGCAUCGGGCUCA